AUGGAUCCUUCAGCUUUGAACAUAAAUUCACUACAACAGGAAGAACAGGAGGGUGAAAAUGCCUAUCGUGCAGUACUGCUGAGACAAUUAACAGAUUUAUUCGGACGGCCGUUAACAUCACAAGGUAAUGAGGAUAUGUUUGUCUCCAACCCCGAACAUGUAAUCAAGAAAAUGCCAAAGUCCGUCUUACUGGCUAUAAGCAAUUUCAUCUCUGAGUUGCCAGUGAAUCAAAUAAAUGUGCCAGCGUUAGUGAAUUUGCCGGUUCACCUAUAUCGUAAUAAGAAGGACUUUAUGGCUACCCUGCUUUUUGUAUCUACUUUAAGUUGGGAAUGGGAGCUAGAUGCAGCACAUAUGGGUGCAUAUAACUCAGACUACCUUGUCCGGAGCGGUAUCCAUGCCAACACUCGCGUCAUGCUUGUUGAAUGGAUGAAAAGGGUACUCUGGUGGUUGCAAAUGCCAACGCGAACUUUGCAUGUAGCCGUAGGUCUAGUGGAUCUGUACACCUGGCUUCAUCCGAUACUGCUUCAAGAAUACCAGCUCUUGGCUUUGGCGGCGAUAGCUUUGGCAAUACGUUUUAGAUCACCUGAUUUCAGAGUCAUUUAUUAUCUCUUGAGUGGUAUUGCUGCUUCUACAUAUACUCAGCUACAGAUAGCCAGAAUGGAAGCAAUAUUGACAGACUGCGUUGGAAGAAGGAUUAACUUCCCCACUCCCUACAGAUUCCUCGACAUCUACUUAUUUAGUCUCACAGAUUUGCCUAAAUCUACGCAGGAAUGGGCUAGAAAAGCUUCCGAUUAUAUUUUAGAUUUGGGUCUAAAUGCGGAGGCACUCUGUCAAUAUUCUGCAAGCCUGCGUUGCGCUGCAGUGCUUUUACUCCUUCGUUUUAUCCUACAGCGGCAUUGUGAUUGUUCGCAUUCGGAUCCGGGUGUGGGAGAUGCGUGUCCCUUUGACGAUAUGCCUCUAUGGCCGGAUAAAAUGGUGAAAUUUACGGGUUAUGGAGACGGCCCACUCCUACGAAAAGUUGCUUUAGUCUACGCAGUAGUUCUAUUCGUAACUCAAGCAACAUGCAUUCCUUUUUAUUUGGCCCAUCACAUGGAUACACCAGACUCGAGCACGUUCAACAAGUAUGUAAAGCCGGAAUACGAAGAAAUUGCACUGGAUGAAAAACUUCGUAGUUUGGUACAAGAAGAUUUGGCUGCAAUUACUGAAGUGGAAUUAGACUAG